CCUCAGUUUAAAAACACACAAAUUCAACCAAAAGUUCCAAAAUCUCCAAAACCCACAAAAGUUAGAGAGAAAAUCUGAGAAGAAAUGGAGAUCUCAUCUCUAACUCUAUCCACUCCAAGAUCUCCACCUUCAGUUCCUUUCGCUUCAUCCCAGUCCAUGUUCUUGACCAACAAUGGCACCACCAAUUUGUUCAUGACCAGAAACAAGGUCAACAUCAGUGGUUUGGUUCUGGGCAGGAGCAGAACUGAGAGAGCCAGGAAGGGUCUCACUUGUAAUGCUUUGUUUGGUCUUGGGGUCCCUGAGCUUGCUGUUAUUGCUGGUGUGGCUGCUCUGGUUUUUGGGCCCAAGAAGUUGCCUGAAGUUGGGAAGAGUUUAGGGAAGACUAUCAAGAGCUUCCAACAGGCUGCAAAGGAGUUUGAGACAGAACUUAAAAAAGAACCUGAGCCUAAUACAGAGGUUCUCACUGAUGAACCUACAACAGUGAGUGAAGAACAAAAACCAGAAGUCAAGGUCCCAAGCUCACAGGAAAAAGUAUGAGGUUGUAGUAAUUACUUAUUUGACACAUUAUUAAUUUUGUUGUUAUGAUACAAGUUUAGAACAAGAUUCUUUUUUCAAUGUAGAUGAGUUAUGCAGG